ACUUUGUGAAUUUGACAGUCUGUUGAUAGGUUAUAUUUAUCGUUACUUUUGUGAUUUGUGAAAUAAAGUUCUAACAAAAAUCACUUAAACACAUAAUCAAAAAAACUCUAUAUAAAAAGCAAUUAAGACAUUGAUUAAGACUAAUGGUUAGCCUCUUUAUAAAUGGUGUAUAGUCUUUAUGCAUAAUUCUGAAAUGUCUAAAGAGGGUGAGAAGCUGCAUAAAGACGACCAGAUUACCAGCCCUAAAAGAGGAAUAUCUCUAUCUAUAGAUACACCAUCUCCUGGAACAAUAAAAAGGAAAUUCCCUGGACCUGCAGGAAUUUUACCAGAUGAAACCCAAUCAAAUUCUGAUAUUGACUUUUCUUCUCAACAAACUUGUUUGAUGUUUGAAGAAGGCCCAUGGAAAGAUAUGUCAAAAGAUUUUAAAAUAAGCAAUACCCUGUAUCUUUUUGACAAAUUCAAUAUUGCGUGGAUUAAAAAAGAAGCACUAGCAAAUCAUUUUGUAAAUGAAAAAGUGCCAUUUUUGGUGGCAGUUUUGUGUUCUUUAGAAAUAUCAGAAGGUCAGAAGCAGAAAUUAGUUAAUAUUACAUUAAAAGACUUAACAGGUUCAAUUCAAGGAACAAUUCACUACAGCCUUUAUAAAACAUUUGAAAAGUUACUUACAUUAGGUUCUGUAUUAGUCAUUAUACAGUUUGGAGUCCUAUCAUGUACCUGUGAUAAAUGUGAUAACCACCAUAUAACUAUAACAUCAAAAAACUUAAGUGCUAUUUAUGGUCCAAGAGAAAAAAGCAUCAUUUCAACUAUAGAACCAGAACAUCUUUUAAGAAAUUACUACACCAAAAAGAAAGAAUCAGACAAUUUACCACAUAAUGAGAAAUUAAACACAACAAAAUCAGUUGAAACAGUGAGAAACAAAUGUUAUACACAGAUAUCACAAAGACCUUUACUGUUAUUUUCCAAUGAAAAAGUAUUGGAUAAGUGCAAUGUUAUGAAAAAAAGUUCAAACUAUAUUUUUCCUACAGUAAAAAAUAAUAUAUCUAGGCAGAAUGCGAUAGAUAAUAUUCCGUCAUCUAAAAUUGAGUUACAUUCUAAUCAAUCCACUACAACUGAAUAUAAAAUUUCUCAGAGAGUAAGUAAUUAUAAAUCUAAUGACAAUAUAAAUUGUAGUCAAGGUAAUAAAAUACAAAAUGAUGAGCACAAAGAAGCAUAUAAAGCUCUUUUAGAAGGCAUAGACAUGAAAACUUUUUUUGAUGAAUUUUGAAUUGAUGUGGAUCAGUUUAAAAAGUGUCCUUUUAGGUGUAAAGAAGAUUUCAGUUCAAUAAACAAUCAUUACAAUAGUAUAAUGGUAUUCCAAUAAGUUAAUAUACAUAUUUAUUUGUUAAGGCGCAAUCUCACGACUCGUGUACUUGACAAACAUUUGUAACUGGUAUACAGGGUAUACACGGCGUGCCGGGCAUCUUUACAGAAUUGAAUUUCUAAGAUAUUUAUUAUAGGAACUACGCCACACUCCCGCCACACCCUGUACGCCAAUAAAAAAUACUUGCCAAGUACACGAGUCGUGAGAACCCGCCAUAAAAUAGCCUCUAUAUGUUAUAAAAAUUAUACAAAUAAAACAAUAUUGUUUUUAUUACUAAA